GAUUGGUCGCGGCUGUCACGUGACAUUUCGUUGCCACGGUAACAGCGUCUAGCUGUGCCUUUCAGGGUUGCCACGGUAACGGCUAUUUCGGUUCUCUUUUCAUGCAAGAUGGAGUUCACUGGCAGCGAGUACCGAGGGGACCACCGACAUGGGAGGAUGGAGGGAAAAGGAGAGUACAUUCUCCCAACUGAAACACGAUAUGAGGGAGACAUGAAAGAUGGAAUGUUUCAUGGACAAGGAACGUUGUAUUUUCCAAAUGGGAGCAAAUAUGAGGCUCAGUGGGACUGCGGCAUUGCACAUGAGGGAACAUAUACUUUUGCAGAUGGGCUUAAGUAUGAAGUGGAGAAUUGGCCUUACUGUGAUGGCUAUGACAGGAGAUUUUAUACUGAAAUGUGCCACGGACUUAAACCAGCAGGUCGUUCUCAACUUACAGAUUUAGAUCCUCCAAGAGAUAUUCCAAAAGGCUGUUAUGAUUGUGGGGAUGGCUUCUAUGACCCUGUUAGCAGAGUUGUAAAUGACUAUCAGCACAGGUUUCUCAGAAAUGCUGAUGAUGAUGAACAUGAAUGGAUUAUCCGUACAUGUCGGAAAGAAUGGGAUGAGAUCACUGGAUAUAAGCCUAGACAUAUGUAUUCUCAGACAUGACAGUUUAUACAAAUUACAUCUUACCUAUUCAUUGAUACUUAAAAGAGCGUUUACAGGAACUAAAUAUUGUAUCAAAAUUCAGAAAAUAAAAGACAA